CCUGCUGUCGCCUUGCUGGGAAGGGGCACUUUCCUCCCUCUCUGCAACAUUGCUCAAUUCUCGCUAAGCCUCUCUCUCUCUCUCUCUCUCUCUCUCUCUCUCUCUCUCGGUCUCUCUCUUCAUCUCCCUUCUGUUGAAUUCAUUGGACUCUUUUAUCUAGGACAUUUCAGGAGUAAACGGAACACACCGACAAUUUUCUGAUUCAAGAUCUGCAUCCUCAAUCACGUUUCUGAUCAAGCAUUGAUUUGUUCUUUUCUGGGUUCUGAACAAUAGGCAUUCAUACAUAUUUACCUUGUGCUGAGAUGACUUCGAGUAAUGGCAAAGUAGAGUCGCAGAGUACUUGUGCCGGAGGAGCUUCGGAGACGCCUUUCAGGAUCUUCGUGGGGUAUGAUCCGCGUGAGGACAUUGCGUUUGAGGUAUGUCGUCAUUCAAUCUUGAAGAGAUCUUCGAUUCCUGUUGAGAUCAUACCAAUCAAGCAGUCAGAUCUGAGAAAGAAUGGUCUGUAUUGGCGUGAAAGAGGCCAAUUUGAGAGCACAGAGUUUUCCUUCUCAAGAUUCCUGACUCCAUGCUUGGCCAAUUACAAAGGCUGGGCAAUGUUUGUGGAUUGCGAUUUCCUGUACUUGGCAGAUAUUAAGGAACUGAGAGAUUUGAUUGAUGACAAGUAUGCCAUAAUGUGUGUUCAACAUGACUACGCCCCAAAGGAGACAACGAAAAUGGAUGGAGCAGUCCAAACAGUGUAUCCCAGAAAGAAUUGGUCUUCAAUGGUGUUGUACAAUUGUGGGCAUCCCAAGAACAGUGUUCUCACUCCUCAAACUGUGAACAAAGAAAGUGGUGCUUUCCUUCACAGGUUUCAGUGGCUUGAAGAUCAUGAAAUUGGGUCAAUCCCAUUUGUGUGGAACUUUCUUGAGGGCCAUAACAGAGUGGUUCAGGAUGACCCAACCACGUUUCCAAAGGCCAUCCACUAUACUCGUGGAGGGCCAUGGUUUGAAGCUUGGAAAAACUGUGAAUUUGCUGACCUCUGGCUUAAUGAGAUGGGAGAGUACCUAAAGGAACAUAAAAAAGAAACUGCUAGUUAGAUUGAUUGAAUCAGCUCAUGCUGCUACUGUCUUGGUAUCAUUAUGCAUUUCCCCGUAUUGUGGACUUUGCAUUUUGAUGAGUUACUUGUGUCAUUUGUGAUUCUUUAUUUUAAAAUUUGUUGUGUAAAUUGGAAUUCACGUUGUGAUGAUUAACGGAGGGUCAGUAUUUUCCCUCCUUUUCUGUUUCUCUUUUCUCAACUGAAAUCACAUUAGGCAUUUCAGAAUAAAUGCCCUGUAGGGAGUGUUUCAUUUUUAUCCUUGUGGAUUGAUUGCUUGUGCCCUUUUAGCUGCUAAUAGAUUAUUUUAAUGAGUUUUCUUU